AUUCUCCCUUGUAUUACAUGUUUCAAAUUGUGUGACGUUUGUCAGGUUUUUGAGAGUGAGGCACAGUUGAAAUCCCCGUUGAUUGUCAUGAAGGCGCUAAGGGUUUGUCUCAUUAAUCCUGCAACUGUGAAAUGGAAGACGUCACACACGCCCGCUGCUGGUGCAAUAAAAGACAAGAGACAGGAGGAACUAUAGAUUGACAGUAAGAGGGUACUAGACAGCUUCUGAAUUUAAGCUGCUAUUUUUAGUUUCGACUCGUGAACAAUUAAAAGAGGAAGGUCAUUUUGGUCGCUUUUCUUCUAUCCAUCAGACAUAGUUUGUUCUUUUCUCACUGAUAUUUGUCUUCAUACUAAUUUGCGAUAAUUUAUAUAAAUAAGAAAGUGAAAGGAAAAGUAAGAAACAAGAAUGGAGAUGCAUGAAAUAGAGAUGACCGAAGAGGAAAGCAAGGGAAAAGAAGAAAGAAAACAAGAAGAUUACAGGGAAGUCUGUCCAGCAGUCUCUGCUGGUACCACCGCAGAAAAGGGUGAAUCGCAGUACACGGCCCUGAAGAUUCCACCUGAAGACAUUUACUCUGAACCAUUUAUUUCUCAUGCUUCUGCCACGGCCAUAAAAGACCUCCAGAGAAGAGCUCGUCUGUACCUUGGGCUGUGUGUGAUUCUGUCGGUCCUCUCACUAAUACUUUUGAUCGCUGUCUGCAUCCUCGGUGCCUCACGGCAGACUGUGUGCCAUGAUGAGGAGGUGUUUCCAGUUGACGCGGCGACAGCUCCCAAAUUGGACCGUACACCUUGCACUAUCCAGGAAUGCAGGCAGGUCUGUUCAGGCAGAAGAACCCCAGCCCGUUCUUGCAGGAAGUGUGAGGCUGGGUGGGUGGAGUUUGAGGGCUCCUGUUUUUACUUCUCGCGUAACCUGCGCACCUGGAAUAAGAGCAGAGAGGAGUGCAAGAACGUGGCUGGGGACCUGGCUGUCAUAGACAAUCAAAGAGUACAGGAGUUCCUGGUAAAGAAAGGGAACAUGGCAUAUUGGAUUGGAGUGAUCCAGGCCAAAACUGGACAGUCUGUCUGGGUCAGCACCACACCGGGAGAGAGUUACUGGGCCCAGAGCCAGAUUGAGGGGAAUUGCGGCUAUCUGAUUGGAGGAGACAACCCGACUGCUAGCUGGCACGUAUCGCCAUGCUCACGCCAGACUGCCUACAUCUGUCAGAAAUGAGGGAGGCUCAUUCAUAUUUGCAUAAACUACUACAAUUCACAUGCAACAUUUCAGUAGAUAAUCAUUCUUAUUACAAUCAUAUUAAAUCAAUCAAAACCUCUUCCGUUAAUACACAUUAAUAUUUCAUUCGUAAUGAAAUAAUACGUAAUAUUAUUAUUAUCAGUUAUAUUAAUAUUCAGUUAUCAGCCUUAUGGGAGGUGUAAGUUGAAUGAGAAAGUGCCUUCAAAGGAAUGUCCAUGAAAGUGGGACUCUGUUGUGCUUUUUAUUUGGUUGAAGGCUUUUUGCACUCAAGUGAAUGGUAAAGAAUUAACACGCACAUUUAAUACAUUUUGCUUUGUUUUCUUUAAUAUACAUGUCUUGCUGAUGUACCUGGUGUACUACAUUUGUGUACUACAUUUAAAAAAAGUUUGAGCUUAAUAAUACAAUCAUUUUUUCAUAAAUAAAGUGAGAGAGAACAAAUUGA